AUGGCCGAUGCCUUACUCCACACCCACACAAGAACCCCCCACCCCUCCUCCCCUCCUCUCCCGCCGCCCUACGACUACAACCUGGGCACCCACCGCCGACCCAUCACGACCACCUCCCCAGACGCCCAGCUCUGGUUCGACCGGGGCCUGCUGUGGGCCUUCUCCUUCAACCACGAACAAGCCGUCCAAUGCUUCACCCGGGCGACCGAAUACGACGCGACCUGCACGCUGGCGCACUGGGGGAUCGCCUACGCCAUCGGGCCGAACUACAACAAAGCAUGGAGUUUCUUCGACCCGGCCGACCUGCGCACCAGCGUUGAAAAGGCCCACGAGGCACUCGCGCAAUCGACCUUCUACGCCAAUGCCAGCAACACCCCAGCCACGCCCCUCGAACAGACCCUCCAAACCGCGCUGCUGGCCCGCUUCCCCGCCCUCGACAAGAUCCCCUCCCCGGCCGACAUGAAGCCGUACGACCACGCGUACGCGGACGCCAUGCGGCCCGUCUACCACGCCCACCCGAACGACAUGGACAUCGCCGCGCUCUUCGUCGAAGCGCUCAUGUGCAUCAGCCCACGCGCGCUCUGGAACCUCGAGACAGGGGAACCCAGCGGGCCGCACACGGUCGAGGCGCGGGCGGUGAUCGAGAAGGCCCUCGCGCAACCCUCCGGCCGCCACCACCCCGCGCUCUGCCACCUCUACAUCCAUCUCAUGGAGAUGUCGCCGUACCCGGAGAUCGCGCUGCCAGCCGCGGACCGACUGCGGCGGCUAGCGCCGGACGCGUCGCAUAUGCUGCACAUGCCGACGCACAUCGACAUGGCGGUGGGCGACUACCGGCGGUCGAUCGACUCGAACCAGGAGGCGAUCGAGGCGGACGACAAGUAUUUUGCGUCGAUGAGCGGGUCCGCGCUGUAUGUGGCGUACCGGGUGCAUAAUAUCAUGGCGAAGCUGUACUCGGCGUUUAUAUCGGGGCGGUCGGAGGAGGCGGUCUCGGCGGCGCAGAAGCUGGAGGAGGUGAUUGAUCUGAAGGUGCUGACGACGACGAGUCCGCCGAUGGCGGAUUGGACGGAGAGUUUCCUCGGGAACAUCGCGCAUGUGCUGGUGCGGUUUGGGCGGUGGGAGGAGAUUCUGGCGUUGGAGUUGCCGGCGGAGGAGACGCGCGAGUUGUAUUGUACGAAGACGGCGAAUAUUCUGUACGCGAGGGCGAUUGCGUUGAGUGCGUUGGGGAGGGUGGGCGAGGCGGAGGAGGCGAGGGAGACGUUUGAGGCGGCCAGGCGGAAGGUGCCGGAUUCGAGGAUCAACAGUCUGCCUGUGCGCGAGGUGGAGGUUUUGGCGGUCGCGUCGCAGAUGUUGACGGGGGAGUUGGAGUAUCGGAAGGGGAACUUUGAGGUCGCGUUUGCGGCGCUGCGGAAGGGCGUCGAGUUGGAGGAUGCGUUGCCGUAUUGCGAUCCGCCCGCGUGGAUGUUGCCCGUGAGACAUGCGUUGGGGGGCCUGUUGCUGGAGCAGAAGCGCGUGGGCGAGGCGGAGAGGGUGUUUCGCGAAGAUGUCGGCAUGGCGGAGGGAUUCCCGCGGCGGAAGGGCCGGUUGAAUAAUGUGUGGGGGUUGCAUGGGUUGCAUGAGUGUUUGGUGGCGUUGGGCAAGGUCGACGAGGCCAGGUGUGUCGAGGUGCAGAGGGAUGUUGCCAUUGGGUCGGCCGAUGUGCCCAUCACCACCUCGUGCUAUUGUCGGCUGUCGGCGGUGGAUGGGAAAUGCUGUUCUGCUGGUCAGUAAGUAGCAUGGAUGCAGCUGGG